CGCGCAGGGCGCCGGCCGUGCGGGGUGGGGCAGCCGGAGCGCAGGCCCCCGAGCCCCGGCGGGCGCCCCCGGGCCCCCGCGCGCGCCCCGGCCUCCGGGAGACUGGCGCAUGCCACGGAGCGCCCCUCGGGCCGCCGCCGCUCCUGCCCGGGCCCCUGCUGUUGCUGUUGUCGCCUGCGCCUGCUGCCCCAACUCGGCGCCCGACUUCUUCAUGGUGUGCGGAGGUCAUGUUCGCUCCUUAGCCGGCAAACGACUUUUCUCCUCGCCUCCUCGCCCCGCAUGUUCAGGACCAAACGAUCUGCGCUCGUCCGGCGUCUCUGGAGAAGCCGAGCGCCCGGCGGCGAGGACGAGGAGGAGGGCGCUGGGGGAGGCGGAGGAGGAGGCGAGCUGCGGGGAGAAGGGGCGACGGACUGCCGGGCGCAUGGGGCCGGUGGCGGCGGCGUGGGCAGGGCUGGCUGCUGCCUGGGCAAGGCAGUCCGAGGUGCCAAAGGUCACCACCAUCCCCAUCCCCCAGCCGCGGGCGCCGGCGCGGCCGGGGGCGCCGAAGCGGAUCUGAAGGCGCUCACGCACUCGGUGCUUAAGAAACUGAAGGAGCGGCAGCUGGAGCUGCUGCUUCAGGCCGUGGAGUCCCGCGGCGGUACGCGCACCGCGUGCCUCCUGCUGCCUGGCCGCCUGGACUGCAGGCUGGGCCCGGGGGCUCCCGCCAGUGCGCAACCCGCGCAGCCGCCCUCGUCCUACUCGCUCCCCCUCCUGCUGUGCAAAGUGUUCAGGUGGCCGGAUCUCAGGCAUUCCUCGGAAGUCAAGAGGCUGUGUUGCUGUGAAUCUUACGGGAAGAUCAACCCCGAGCUGGUGUGCUGCAACCCCCAUCACCUUAGCAGACUCUGCGAACUAGAGUCUCCCCCCCCUCCCUACUCCAGAUACCCGAUGGAUUUUCUCAAGCCAACUGCAGACUGUCCAGAUGCUGUGCCUUCCUCCGCUGAAACAGGGGGAACAAAUUAUCUGGCCCCUGGGGGGCUUUCAGAUUCCCAACUUCUUCUGGAGCCUGGGGAUCGGUCACACUGGUGCGUGGUGGCAUACUGGGAGGAGAAGACGAGAGUGGGGAGGCUCUACUGUGUCCAGGAGCCUUCCCUGGAUAUCUUCUAUGAUCUACCUCAGGGGAAUGGCUUUUGCCUCGGACAGCUCAAUUCGGACAACAAGAGUCAGCUGGUGCAGAAGGUGCGGAGCAAGAUCGGCUGCGGCAUCCAGCUGACUCGGGAAGUGGACGGUGUGUGGGUGUACAACCGCAGCAGUUACCCCAUCUUCAUCAAGUCCGCCACACUGGACAACCCAGACUCCAGGACGCUGCUGGUGCACAAGGUGUUCCCCGGAUUCUCCAUCAAGGCUUUUGAUUACGAGAAGGCGUACAGCCUGCAGCGGCCCAACGACCACGAGUUCAUGCAGCAGCCGUGGACGGGCUUCACCGUGCAGAUCAGCUUCGUGAAGGGCUGGGGCCAGUGCUACACCCGCCAGUUCAUCAGCAGCUGCCCAUGCUGGCUGGAGGUCAUCUUCAACAGCCGGUAGCCGCCGGGGAGAGGACAGAGGUGGAGGUGGGGAGAGGACGAGCGGGAGCCGGGCAGGCCACCAUUCAAAACUACUUUGCUGCUAAUCUUUUCCUCCCGAGUGCUUGCUCUUCAUGCAAACUCUUUGGUCGUUUCUUUUUGUUGUUCUUGUUGGUUUUUUUUUUCUUUUUUGUUGUUGUUCUUGUCAAUCUUGUCUGUGUUCUCUUUUGUUUUGUUCUUUGAGAAAUAGCUUAUGAAAAGAAUUGUUGGUGGUUUUUUUUUUUUUUUUGGAGGGGGUGGGUGUGGCUGGCAGGACAUCCUUAUUGGAAGAGGGGAAGCGAAAGUCGGAGUCCCGCCAAACACAGUGUAUGAAUGGGGGCUCCCCUCCACUUUUGGAUCAGCAUUUCAUUUGUCGUGAGUGUGUGUGUGUUUGUGUGAGUGUGUGUGCACGCAUACGUGCGUGCCUAUGUGUGCAUGAAUGCGUGUGAACAGAUGAGGAAUGAGUCCUCCGUGAGUUCCUUAUGGAUGUCCCCGGUGGAGACGUGGUUUCAAGCUGUGUGUGUCUCAUGCCCUUUGGACAUGCUCAGUGGGACAGAGGCUCUACCUGGGCAGGCUGGGGGCAGAGGCCCAGCAGCUGUCAGAAGCGAGGUUCUGCCCAGCCUGGGAAGCCCCCUCCCCUCCUCCCUCUUUUAGGACACGGGCCUAUCCACAGGCUUCUGAGAAGCCAGCCUGCUAGAGGCUGAACCAGAACCAAUUGCUUUCACCUUGUCCCACUCCCCUCCACCAGCCUGCUGCCACUGUAGCAUCUGUCUGUUUGGCCAUCUGCUCCUGGCUCUCUCUGAGAUGGGCUUCCUGAGGGCUGCUGGGGCAGUACUGCUCACCUGGGGCCCUCUGGGGCCCUCCGGCCUCUCCCCCUGCCCUGGUUUCAUCAGGUUUCUCCCAGACUUCAAAGCCAGCUCAGCUCGCUCCUCCCCUCCCCAGCUUUGUGUUGAGCUCAGCUGUUAGGCCAGCACCGGGGAGGGACCUGCUCAUGGCCCCCUUCCCUCCAAGAAGGAUCUGGUCCAUCCUAACCCAAGGUACCACCCUAGCUGACACCUAACCUCUUCUCAUUCUUCUACAACUCAUACGCUCGUAUGAUACUUUGACACUGUUCUUAGCUCAAUGAGCAUGUUUAGACUUUAACAUAAGCUAUUUUUCUAACUACAAAGGUUUAAAUGAACAAGAGAAGCAUUCUCAUUGGAAAUUUAGCAUUGUAGUGCUUUGAGAGAGAAAGGACUCCUGGAAAAAAGAAACCUGAGAUUUAUUAAAGAAAAAAAUGUAUUUUAUGUUAUAUAUAAAUAUAUUAUUACUUGUAAAUAUAAAGACGUUUUAUAAGCAUCAUUAUUUAUGUAUUGUGCAAUGUGUAUAAACAAGAAAAAUAAAGAAAAGAUGCACUUUGCUUUAAUAUAAAUGCAAAUAACAAAUGCCAAAUUAAAAACGAUAAACACAAGAUUGGUGUUUUUUCUAUGGGUGUUAUCACCUAGCUGAAUGUUUUUCUAAAGGAGUUUAUGUUCCAUUAAACAAUUUUUAAAAUGUAUA